AUGAUUCAAUGGUUAUUCGACCACUUCGAGGGUUGCGUGGUGGCUGUGCAAGCCGCUAGCAACGGCAAUCAAGUUCAGUGGGGCGGUGGAGAUCUGGCUGCUGCGGUGGAGAACGAGCAUACGGAUGUUGCGCGGUGGAUAUUUGAGUGCAAGGGUAGUGUGGAGCGCGACUGGGGCCGCUUCAUGGCCGCUGUCGUUCGUAAAGGAGACCUCGAGCUAUUGCAGUGGCUGCUGGACCAUGGCUACGCAGGGCGCCAGCUUGCUCCUCCUACGAUGGAUGACGCCGCGUGGGGAGGUCACUUAGACAUGUUGCAGUGGCUUUACCACAACGGGUAUGUCCACCAUGUCAGUUUUGCUCUGGAAUAUGCCGCCUGCAACGGAUACUUGGAGAUUGUGGAGUGGCUAGUGCGUUAUCACCCAGUUGGCAACGCAAAUCGUGCGCUGGAUGCUGCAGCAAGAGAAAAUCACUUGCAUGUAGUGCGCUGGCUACUGGAGCAUAACCUUGGUCGUGGCGCUAAGUCUGGCAUGCAUCAAGCUGCGAUUCGAGGGUACCUCGAUGUGGCUCGACAUUUGCACGAGCAAGGGUUUCACGGUCUAGCCAGUGUUUCGUGUGGGACUAUGCUUCGCGCGGCAGGGCGGGGAUGUCUUGAUGUGGUGCAGUGGCUGAAUGAUGAGUUUGCCCAUGACUCGCAGAAGUAUUUGUACAGGGAUUUACGUCUGUACUCAUUAACGCUGCUCGCGGACGAGCCCAGUACUGCGAUAGACGCGGCCGCGAAGAAUGGACACCUCAAGGUAUUAAAAUAUCUUCAGAGUGUUGACGAGCGUUUGGCCGAAGAAGGGUUCACCGGAUGUCGUCCCACAGAUACACAGGACGCGAUGGAUGGAGCUGCAGCGGGCAAUCUUUUUGAGAUUGUGGAGUGGCUAAGUAAGCACCGCUCCGGUGCUUGUACAACUGCUGCGAUGGAUGGCGCUGCGGCUAAUGGGCAUUUGGCGAUGGUCCAGUGGCUCCACACCCAUCGGACUGAGGGUUGUACGACAGCAGCAAUGGAUGGAGCUGCCGCUAACGGCCAUUUGGAAGUUGUGAAGUGGCUCCAUGAGCAUCGAUCGGAGGGCUGCACAACUGCCGCCAUGGAUAACGCAGCAAAAAAUGGCCAUCUGAAGGUAGUGCAGUGGUUGCAUCGCAACCGCAGAGAAGGGUGCUCAUCUGAAGCAAUGAACAACGCAGCGGGGGCUGGGUUGUUGAAGAUGGUUCAGUGGCUGGAUCGCAAUCGCUAUGAAGGUUGCACAACUAGAGCCAUGGAUGCAGCAGCGUCGGGAGGACAUUUCGAUAUAUUGCUGUUUUUGAGAUCGCAACGCAUGGAAGGCUGCAGCCGCAACGCUGCAUUUGAGGCCCAGCGUAAGGAGCACGUACACAUUUUGGCUUGGCUUCAAGAGCACUACCCUGACUCGCCACGCCCUCAGCGUCGAGUACGCAUACACCGCCUACCUUAGUUCUAACGAAGUCAGGUGCAAGCCCCAGGUCGAGUUGAGUUUACCUUUGGGAAGACUGCCCCAGAGUGCGUGGCGGCCUUUUGCUUCAGUGUUUAGUGUCGCAGCGAGCAUUCAACAACUGCAAGCUUAUAUGUUACUGGCGACUAGUCCGUUUCGUCGGUUGAGCCUGUGGACCAGCGCAAACAGUCGGCUUUAUGUAGCCGGUGCUGCACCUGCCCGGCGUGCUUCCUCCCCUUGCUUCAGUUUUGCUUGUUCCGGCAACUACGCAAGGAGUGGGCGUUUG